AUGUUUUAUUCAACAAUUAUCUUCUUUGUCUUCACGAUUUUCACCAAGAAAAUCAUUGCCCAAACAUGUGUCCACUCGUCGGAUCCAUUAGUACGAUGUACAAGUCAUGGUUUAGUACGUGGAAUACGAAAUGAUUUCUACAUCAAUUCAUCAAAUAUCACAUCGACAACAAUCGAAUCGAAAAGUGCCUAUGCAUUCUAUGGAAUUCCAUAUGGCGAGGCACCCAACGGAGAAAAACGGUUUCGCAAGCCAAUUCCAAAACAACCAUGGCCACGUGGUACAAUAUACAAUGCCACGACAUUACCAAAUUCAUGUUAUCAAAUGAUUAUCGAAUUUUUUAACAUAUCGGGUGAAGCGAUUUGGGCACCAGUUACACCAUUAAGUGAAGAUUGUCUUUAUUUAAAUAUUUGGACACCGAUAACAGCGCAACAACAACAACCAUUAGCUGUUAUGGUUUGGAUCUAUGGAGGUGGAUUUACAUCCGGAUCCAGCACAUUAAAUCUUUAUGAUGGAUCGAUCUUGGCAGCAACACAAAAUGUUAUUGUAGCUUCAAUGGAGUAUCGUGUUGAUUCGCUUGGUUUUCUCUAUUUGGGUACAUCAGAUGCGCCGGGUAAUCAAGGUUUAUAUGAUCAAUUAUUAGCAAUGGAAUGGAUUCAUAAGAAUAUACGAAAUUUCGGUGGCGAUCCCAAUCGUAUAACUUUAUUUGGUGAAUCAGCCGGUGCAGUUUCUGUUGGUUUACAUCUUCUAGCGCCUAAAUCACGUCCGUUUUUCACGAAUGCUAUCUUAGAAAGUGCUGGUGCCAGUGCCAAAUGGUCUGUGUUAAGUCCUCAAAUCGCCAAAUAUCGUUCCGAAGAAUUUCUCAAUGCAUUUGCGAGUUAUAUUACCGAUCGAUAUGAAUCAGGUCCAAGUGAUCCCGAAUAUGCGUAUAUUCCACGUGAAUGUCAAAAACGUAUGACGACCAUCGCGGACAAAUUUCAAUGUGUGAAAAAUUAUCCGAUUUUGAGUCAAAAUCAUUUUCGUUCAUCAUGGGCAUUGAAAUCUUACAAUGGUGGACCUGUUGGUUAUACAUUUGUUCCUACUGUUGAUGGUGAUUUUAUUCCAUAUGAUCCCGAACAAAUGUUAAUUAAAGGUGAUUUUAAAAAAUGUCCUCUUCUCUUAGGUGUAAAUAAAGACGAAGGAUCAUAUUUUACUGUUUAUGUUCCAUAUGGUGAUAUGAGUUUCAAUUCAACUGCACAUGUUGAUUAUAAAACAUUUAAAAAUGCAAUAAAUGGUUAUUUUGAAUAUAUGCCAACGUAUCCAACGAAACGAGCGCCAAUGUUACUGGAAAGUAUUUUACAAACGUAUACAAAAUGGAAUGAUUAUAACAAUACGGUACUUAACGCUGCUCAACUCAAUUCAGCUGUUGGAGAUUAUCAUUUCGUAUGCCCAACAGUAUUUCUAGCUGAUGUUUAUGCUCAAGAGAAUCUUCCCAUAUAUUUUUACCAUUUUACUCUUCGUUCUUCGAUUAAUCCUUGGCAUGAUUGGCUGGGUGUACUUCAUGGUGAUGAAAUCAUGUUCGUUUUCGGUGAACCAUUAAAUAUCACUGAUUCUCUUCAUUAUACACAUGAAGAAAUCAUUGUCAGUCAAAAACUUAUGGCUUAUUGGACGAAUUUCGCCAAAUACAGUAAUCCCAAUCAACGACAUGACGCACAUUGGGCAAAUGAAUGGCGACAAUACAAAUGGCCAAGUCGAGAACAUAUUGUCUUAAAUAAGAAUUUAGCGAAGAAUCUCUUUCCUGAUCACGGAGCAGCACUUCGCGCGGAAUUUUGUUCAUUUUGGCUGGAUUACAUACCGAAAUUAAGCAGUGCGACUUCAAAUAUUAGUGAAGAAGAAGGUCGAUGGAAACAAGAAUUUCGUCAAUAUCAAGAUCGUAUUCAACAAUGGGAUUAUUAUUAUACAAAAUAUUUAGAAUUACUUGAUAAAAACAAUGACAAACUUGUCAAAUGUAUUGGAUAA